CAACCGAGAAAGCGCACAGUUUCUUCACUCGCGGUGUUUCAGCCGGUGAAAAAGAAAACAGCUUCUAUGUAUUUACUUGUUUAUCUGCCAUCAUUGAUUCUGCUUACAGGGACGCGUUGUGCUUCUUCGUGGGAUGACUAUUCCGAGAAAGCGUAUUCUGGGGAAGAGUAUUCCGAGGAAGUGACGAGACGGCUCCCUCCUAACGAGUGCAUAAAGAAGCCCCAGAGUGACGGAAAUUCUACCAGAACUCAUCUGAUGUAUUUCUACAACAGCACCGCUGCUCGAUGCGAGGCGUACGCCGCAGACUUACGUGGCGACGCAGAGCUACCAGACCUCGCCGAAAACAGUUUUCAAACGAAAGAAGAGUGCAACAAAAAGUGCAGAGAUCCACACUAUGGAACGUGCGGUGGCCAAAAGAAUGACAGCAUCUGUUGGAAGUUGCGCGAAGUGGAGCGACGAUUUUGGUUUGAUCCUGAUAAUAGGACAUGUAAGCCUUACAUGUAUGGGGGUUGCGACCCGAACAGCAACACAUACCGCACGAAGUUGGAGUGCCUUCAAGAUUGCGCAGAGUUUAUCGAAAACCGCUGCGCCGUUCCGAUAGACGAAGGCGACUGCUUCGACGAGGAGGUUCGCUACGGCUACAACCCCGUAUAUCAAGACUGUGAACGGUUCAACUACACUGGCUGCGGAGGCAACCAAAACAACUUCAAGGUGGCGAAAGACUGCUGGCUUACGUGCGCAAACAAAUCCAGAUGCCUGAAGCAUACGGAAGAGCACAGCGGAUGGUACAGGCCAUACACGAGCUAUUUCUACGAUGUCAACGAGAGCAAAUGCAAACGAACGAAAACUUUUUUUCGGAAGAGCUUUGCUCACAAAUUCAACAGAUUUGGAAGCAUGGCAGAGUGCGAACGAAACUGCAUGCGAAUAUACAAACCACGGAGGAAGCAGUUUUCCUUCCUCCAUGAUACAGACGCAAUAAGCCACGGAUAAGAGUGCAGAUGCAUCCCGGUAUGAGACUGUGAAGGCAAUGUGAGGACGAACACCAAGUUGAUACACAAAUGACGAAUAUUUGAGAACGGUACGCUGGUUACCGUGCCUUUUGCACACGUGCCUGCAACACUGGAACAAACAAUGGAUGCAUCAAUGCCAGUGCAAAAAAUUUAUUUGCCAAAUAAACGUAACUU